AUGCUCAGCAAACUCACGACACAAAUCGCACUGCGGAAAGCCGGGUUAGGCGGUAUCAAGAUCCCGGACCCGUUUGCUGGGAAUGAUUCGAAGAGCGCAAAGGGUGCUCAGGAUUCAGAAGGAGGAGCGGGCCUGUCAAAUCCCUUCGCCAACGUCAAAUGGGGUGCACCCAAGGCCUUUGCAUCCUGGACUACUCUCCCACCAACUCAGAAUCCAAUUCAGGCAGUGCCAGUAGCAGGUGACAGGGCCCAGUCUGGCGUGAAGCUCCGGUUUCCUGCAGUCGAUGGGAGACCUUGCAUUCUAUUGUUCUUGAGAUAUUGUGGCUGUCCUUUUACGGAGAAGCUAUUCCUUCACCUGCGAUCGUUAGCGAAUCGGCACACCUCAAUACACUUCGUCAUCGUAUCACACUGCACAAAAGCUGCCACCGAGGAAUGGCUCAAGAAGCUAGGGGGACCAUGGAUGUUGGAUAUUAUCGUAGAUGAGAGCCGGGAACUAUACGCUUUGUGGGGGCUGGGUAUGUCAAAUUGGGGCCAUCUGCUUAAUCCGAGGAAUGGCUACAGCCAGUACAUGCUUGGCAAGAAAGAAGGCGUAUGGGGACAACAAGUCGGAGAAGGGGGCUGCAGAUGGCAGACGGGGGGCGCAUACGCCAUCGACGGGCGGGGCAUAGUCAAGUGGGUGUAUCCCAUGAAGAGCGUUGACGAUCAAAUCCCGUUAGAGGAAGGUAUUAAAGAGCUUGGUAUUAUUCGUUGA